CUUGGCCCAUCUCACUUCCUUAAACACCACUGAAGAGCGUUGCUUAUCUCGAUGGAACUUGGGUAGCCCUGCAGGGGCAGGGGAACUAAGAGCAGCUGCACUUUCGUAUUCUGCCACAGAGAACUGUCCUCCCCAGACUUCUGCAAGCUUGGAGAUGUGUGGCCCGUGUCAGCCUGUGGUGGAAUCUCUCUAAGGAGACUAGGUGACACCAGAGAAGACAGAGAAUGGGUGAGUUGUGAGUUCUGGAUGGUGGCUGCUACACCUGGACCUCUGGAAGGAUGUGUGGCAAGAGCUAGGGGGACUGGCCCACACGGAUCUUGUUGGAACACUACUCACCUGGGAGGCUCCUCUUGGAAAACAAGAUGCCUGUCAACAGCACUGCUGUGCUCUUGGCCAACGUUACCUAUAUCACUGUGGAGAUUCUCAUCGGGCUCUGUGCCAUAGUGGGCAAUGUGCUGGUCAUCUGGGUGGUCAAACUGAACCCUAGCCUGCAGACCACCACCUUCUAUUUCAUUGUCUCCCUAGCCCUGGCUGACAUUGCUGUUGGAGUGCUGGUUAUGCCUUUGGCCAUUGUCAUCAGCCUGGGCGUCACGAUCCACUUUUAUAGCUGCCUUCUCAUGACCUGCUUGCUGAUGAUCUUCACCCACGCAUCCAUCAUGUCCUUGCUAGCCAUUGCUGUGGACCGAUACCUGCGGGUCAAGCUCACAGUCAGAUACAGGAGAGUCACCACGCAAAGAAGAAUAUGGUUGGCUCUGGGCCUUUGCUGGCUGGUGUCAUUCCUCGUGGGAUUGACCCCCAUGUUUGGCUGGAACAUGAAACUGACAGCGCACAAAAAUCUCACCUUCCUACCCUGCCAAUUCCGUUCGGUCAUGAGGAUGGAUUACAUGGUCUACUUCAGUUUCUUCAUUUGGAUCCUCAUUCCCCUGGUUGUCAUGUGUGCCAUCUACUUUGAUAUCUUCUACAUCAUCCGGAACCGACUCAGUCAGAACUUUUCUGGCUCCAAAGAGACAGGUGCAUUUUAUGGGCGGGAGUUCAAGACAGCCAAGUCUCUGUUACUGGUUCUUUUCUUGUUUGCUUUGUCCUGGCUGCCUUUGUCCAUCAUCAACUGCAUCAUCUACUUUAAUGGUGAAGUGCCACCAACUGUGCUGUAUUUGGGCAUCCUGCUGUCCCACGCUAACUCCAUGAUGAACCCUAUCAUCUAUGCUUAUAAAAUAAAGAAGUUCAAGGAAACCUAUCUCUUGAUCCUCAAAGCCUGUGUGAUCUGCCAGCCCUCUAAGUCCAUGGACUCAAGCAUUGAGCAGACUUCUGAGUAGUUAUCCAUGAAAGAUGGCUGUCCAUCUCAUUGACCUUCAGAUUCGGCAUCAACACUUGAGGGCCUUUCCACGUGGGAUGGGGCUCUCAUGUCUUUGAUUCCGUCUACUGAUGUGGGAAGCAUUUGGCUGGCUGCCUCUAGUUGUACCUUCCCUAUGUCCUCUUUCUCUAAUUCAUUUUUUUUUCAUGUCCUUCUUUUCUGGGUAUCUGACUUGAGGACAAUGCUCCAUUGUUACUGCUACAUGUCUUCUCCUCUAACAGAAGUUAUGGAAUCUGAAGCAUGCUUCAUUGACUUACUGACAAAAGGGGACUGAUGGGGCUUGACAUGUACAUGAUGGUGACUCAGUUCUGCUUUACUGUGGAACUAAGCAGAGAACCCUGCUCUCAGCAGUUGCCUGGAAGAUGAUGGCAUGCAAGAAUUGAAUUGAGUUUAACUUUCUGGAUUCAGUUGUAAAUGUAUUGAGUGAAUAAAAGAUGAUAACUAAC